UAAUGGUGGAAUUGAAGGACUAUGAAGAGGCUGAGGCUGAAUUUCAAUAAAAGUACCAGCUGGUCAUAUACAUUGUUUGAAGAAAGUGAUUAGCUGCAAUAAUACCAUGUAAUUAACACGGGAGUCUGCAAAUCAGGAUUACAAUCAAGAUAUUGCUUUAGUUCUCCGCACUGAAUGCGGACUCCGUCACCUUGCCUGCCAUUUUGUGCAUAGUUCAUGAUCCAGCAGGAGAAGCCGCAGCUGGCUGGCACCAUGCCCGUGGUGUGGCCCACCCUGCUGGACCUUGGCAGGGAUGAGUGUAAGAGGAUACUUCGCAGACUCGAGCUGGAGGCAUAUGCUGGGGUUAUCAGUGCCCUUCGAGCCCAAGGAGACCUCACAAAGGACAAGAAAGAUCUGCUGGGAGAACUCACUAAAGUCCUUAGCAUCUCAACAGAGCGCCAUCGUGCUGAGGUCCGCAGAGCAGUAAACGAUGAACGCUUAACCACCAUUGCAUAUCACAUGUCUGGACCAAACAGCUCAUCAGAAUGGUCAAUCGAGGGGCGUAGGUUAGUCCCACUGAUGCCAAGGCUAGUCCCACAGACAGCAUUCACUGUCACUGCAAACGCCGUGGCCAGUGCAACAGCCCAUCAGAACGCCUCGCUCCUGCUGCCUGCUGAAACCGGCAAUAAAGAAGUGGUUGUUUGCUACUCCUACACAAGCACAACCUCCACCCCUACGAGUGCCACAGCCCCCAGCGGGAGCGUAGCGGCAGCCGCUGUCAAAUCUCCCCGGCCCGCUAGCCCUGCCUCCAACGUGGUCGUCUUGCCCAGUGGAAGCACAGUCUAUGUGAAAAGCGUGAGCUGCUCUGACGAGGACGAGAAGCCACGGAAACGACGGCGCACCAACUCCUCCAGCUCGUCUCCCGUGGUGCUGAAGGAGGUGCCGAAACCGCCUCCUCCCAUCUCCAAGACCAUCACCGUGCCGGUCAGCGCCAGCCCCAAGAUGAGCAACAUCAUGCAGAGCAUUGCCAACUCCCUGCCCCCCCACAUGUCCCCCGUCAAGAUCACCUUCACCAAGCCCACCACCCAGACCACCAACACCACUACACAGAAGGUGAUUAUUGUGACAACGUCUCCGAGCUCCAACUUUGUGCCCAACAUCCUCUCCAAGUCCCACAACUAUGCGGCCAAGCUUGUGUCCACCUCCAUGCUGACGUCCUCCAGCCAAAAGCAGACCGUGGUCAUCCCAGCCGGCCCGGCACCCUCGCCCUCCCCGGCUACAGUUGCCGUGACCACCAUGGUCUCCUCCACGCCUUCGGUGGUCAUGUCCACUAUAGCGCAGGGUGCCUCCUCUGCAGCUGUCAAAGUAGCAUCCGCCAGGCUGCCUUCUCCGAAGACAUUGGUGGGCUCUCCCACCCAGAUUUUGGCCCAGUUCCCCAAGCAGCACCAACAGGGCUCCCCUCUUGCCUCCUCCCACAGCACUGCCCAGAGCUCCACUACCCCUCCUGGCAGCAAGCCCACCAUUCAGAUCAAGCAGGAGUCAGGAGUGAAGAUCAUCACUCAGCAGAUGCAGCCCAGUAAAAUCCUCCCUAAGCCCUCCUCCGCUGCCCUGCCCAGCAGUAGCACCUCGCCCAUCAUGGUCGUCAGUAGCAACGGCGCCAUCAUGACAACCAAGCUGGUGUCCACACCCACAGGUACUCAGGCCACCUACUCCAGACCCACCGUGAGCCCCAACAUCGGAGCCCGAAUGGCGGCGUCACCCGGUGCCACCUACGUGAAGACCACCAGCGGCAGCAUCAUCACGGUGGUCCCCAAGUCUCUGGCGACACUGGGAGGCAAAAUCAUCAGCGGCAACAUCGGAACAACGACCAAGAUAACCACUAUUCCCAUGACGUCCAAGCCCAACGUGAUCGUAGUGCAGAAGACCACCGGGAAAGGGACCACCAUUCAAGGACUGCCCGGGAAGAACGUGGUCACCACGUUGUUAAAUGCGGGGGGGGAGAAGACGCUGCAGGCUGUGCCCGGGGCGAAGCCGGCGAUCAUCACCGCCUCUCGGCCAAUCACGAAGAUGAUCGUCACGCAGCCCAAGGGCAUGGGCUCCGGGGCUCAGCCCACCACCACCAAGAUCAUCCCCACCAAGAUAGUGUACGGACAGCAGGGUAAAACCCAGGUUCUCAUCAAGCCGAAGCCGAUGGCUUUCCAGACCACUGUGGUGAGCGAGCAGACCAGGCAACUGGUGACCGAAACCCUGCAGCAGGUCUCCCGUGUUGCUGAGGCAGUACCGACCUCCAUCCAAGAGGGGGCAAUGAAGGACGAUACGCAGCCCUACACCGAGGGCAGCUCCCCUUCUGAGUCCUCACACAGCUCACACGAUUCUCAGCCUAUAGUGCACGUUAUAACCUCUAGAGGGCAGGAGUGGACGGAGCACGAGGUGUCGGUGGAGGCCAGCCCUACAAUCAUUUAUCAGGACGUGUCGGGGGAGUCCCAGUCCGCUACCUCCACCAUCAAAGCUUUGCUGGAGUUGCAGCAGACAACAGUGAAGGAGAAGUCCGAGCCCAAGCCUCGACAGCACACCAUCGACCUGAGCCAGAUGGCCGUGCCCAUCCAGAUGGCUCAGGAGAAGAAGCCGGCCCCAGAGUCCUCGAGCCUGGCUGCAGUGGAGCCCGACCAGGGAGCGGAGUACAGCACCGCCGGUAAACCCAGCAAGGCCAGCACCUUCUCUGGGGCAGUAGCGGGGGGGACGGAGAUGGCUCUGACCUCCAGCCAGCAGCACGGGGCCACAUCCCAGACCCCGGGGCCCGUGCCUGCGGUGCCCAAGGCCUCCAUCACAAUGUCCCCUGUGGUCACGGUCACUCGAAUCAUGCAGCAGGCUGCCUCCAGCCAGGUGACGCAGAGCAAGCCGUCUGAGGAGCAGACGGUGGAAGAGGGGGAGCUGGAGGGCGACACGCUGGACCCUCAGACGGGCCUGUUCUACAGGUCCUCCCAGCCCGCCGCCCCACCCCAACCCCCGCCCCCCCAGCAGCCCAAAGCGGCCCCCGCCCCGCCGGACCAGGGCCGGCACGUGCCCCACUCCACCCAGCCCUCCCCCAGCAAGCCACCGCCCGCGGCCGCCCUGCCGUCCUCCUCCAAAAAGCCCCCUCCUGCGGAGCCACAAUCCCCCCAGCCCCGGCCGGCCGCCCAGCCGCUACAACCCCCAGCGCAGCAGCAGCAGCAGCAGCAGCAGCAGCAGCAGCAGCAGCAGGGGCCGGCGAAGGAGAAGCCAGGGGCCCAGACCGUGGUGCAGGUGAUCGCGGUGAAGCACCCGCACACGCCACAGCUGCCCCGCCUCCAGCAGGCGCCCACCUCCCACAACCGGCCAAUCCACACCCAGCUCUCCCAGCCCCCGCCCCUGCAGGCCCACCACCCCGUGGGCUCCGACAAGCCCCCGGUCAGCCAGGUGCAGCAGCCCAUAAUAACCCAAGGCGCCACGGUGACGAAGAUCACCUUCGGGAGUCACCAGUCGCCUCCCGUGUCCAGCAGCGGGGAGGCGGUGGCCAAACUCCUGCCCGAGUCCAGCACGGGCCCCGGGCAGUCGGCGGAGAAGUCCCUGGUGUCGGACAUCCUGAAGAUCUCCAUGAUGGAGGCGGAGAUCGACCCCGGGGCGGAGCCCAUGGUGGUGGACUCCUCCAGCGACUGCAGCUCCUUCAGCAAGGCUGUGAGCGCCUCCCCCGGCCUGGCCUCCACCCAGCUCAUCAGCAGCUCCGGCUCCGCGCUCCACCACCCCGGCCACUCCAAGGCCCACGGACAGUUCUCCCGCAUGCAGGGCCUGGCCGCCCAGAAGAGCAAAGAGGUGGACAUCAUACAGGUUAUCCCCCAGUAUUCAAUCAUGCCAGACUCCAGCCAGUCAAAUGUGGUGGUGGAGCCCAGUGGCUUCCUGGAGAUAACCGACUACACCAGCCAGCGUCUGGAUGAGGAGAGCGUGAUGGAGCAGGAGGUGGACAGCAGCAACGACGAAGGGGCAGCUGUCAGCCCCAUGGAGGGCUGCGCUGACCAAUCACAGUGACCCAUCAUCCUCUGGGGGCUGAGCUAACUGGGAGGCAGCAGUUGCCUGGAGAGAGUGUUCUUGUAUUAUACUGUGUGAGAGAUCAUUGUUUGUUUGUUUGUUUGUCAUUUAAGUGUCAUUUAAACAGAAACUUCUGUCAUGAAGAUGUCUGGGUAAGACCUCAGAUGAAGUUUGAUGGUCCCAUUUGAUUCCUGCAUUUCAAAGGAAGGAAGAAGCAGAGACAAGCUAAGCUACAAUAUUUAAAAUGGAAAUGACCUAAAAGGGAAACUGAAUGAACAGAGACCAAAGUGAACUCUUGAUGAGGAGUGACCUUGCUGCCUGAUGUAACUAGAUGAGAGGCAUCCACAAAACAGAAGAAAGCAAAAAACGAAAUUAAAAAAACAAUUUUUUUAAAUUAAUCAGAUUUUGUGUACAUUUUGGAAGAGAAAUGCAGUGUUCCAGAGUGAAAGCGAUUGCCGUGGCUUAAUUUUUUUGGAACAUUUUUGUAAUAAGGCGAUAUUCAAAUUGUAAAAAUGAUGUAAACCCUGAUACAUGGAUAUGUUUGGUCUAACAUCUGAUCAAUAUUAUAAGUAGAGGAUAUCAAGGAAUUUCUGAUGAUUGGUAUAUUCACACACAAUCUAAAUCUGUUUGAAUUACUGGAUAUGUUCAGUAAAAUGAACAUGAUUGUAAAAUGGAUUUUGCUCAACACAACAUGGAUUUUGUGGUGUAUUCUGUUUUGAGUUUUGCUGAUACACUCGCAUCUUCAUGGCAUCCGCAUCUUGAGUAACAGGUCAAGGGUGUAGGAACCUGAAAGUAAAGAGCCUGCCCAAUGCUCUAAUGUGACAAGUUCAACAUGACUGAAAUCUCAUCCUCACUGCAGUGUUCAUUGGUUUUAAACCAUCUAGAGCAGUAGAAAAAGAAUCUGAGCAAAAGUAGCAGGUAGUUAAUUAAUCCUUCAAGCUUUCGCACUUUGAAACUCAGAAACAGUUUUUUUUUUUACUUGCUAAAACAGGAAAGGACUUUAUUCAGUACCGUUUUGUGUUCACUUGGUGUAAUGUUUAGUAUUUCUUAAAUGUAUAAACUUUUCUAUGGAA